AAAUUAGUAAAGAAGAAGUAGAUGAAAGAGACAUAAUGCAAAGUAGAUAAUUUUCUAUUUUCAGAAAAUCUAACUAAUAGAAACAACCUGCAAUAGUGUAAAUUAUUAUUUGAAAUUUUAGGAGAUAUAAAUCUUAAAUUGUAAAUUCAGAUGAUGAAUCAGAUGAUGAUAAAGAUAAAAAUAAAAAUGAUAAAAAGGAUGAGGAUGAAGAUGAUGAGGAAGUAGAAGUAAAGGUAUGGACUGCAAAAAAGACAACUAAGGAUUAACCUAAGUAAGAUUAGAUUUAGUAAAUUCCUAUUAAAAAAACAGAAGAUAUUGACAAUUUAAAGCCAUUAGAUUUUGAAGAAGUUUUAAAAUAGAGUUAGAUUAAUUUCAGUUAAAAUCGAUAAAACUUUUAAAGGGAUAAGUUAGUUAAUAAGUCUACUUUUGGAGCUGUAUUAAUUACUCAUGUUGAUUCUGAAGAUGAACAAUAAAAUAAAGAGGAACUUGCUGAUGAAGUAUUUUAAGAAAUUGGAACUAUACAUAAUUAAGAAAGUGAAUUAACAGCUGAAAAUAGAAUUAUGAUGAGUGUUAUGCAAACAAAGUUUACUUAAUCUAUAUAAAAAUAAUUGAAAUUGCAAUAGUCUUUAAAUAAUUCAUCCAAAAGUAAUUAAUAAGAUGAUAUAUUCAAAUCUAAAAUUAUUUUUAUCAAUUAGACACCAGUGAUUGUAAGAGAAGAUGAUCUUUAUAUUAGUAAAAUCAGAAAAAUUUAAAAUUACUUUAGAUUUGUUAAACCUUAUAAAAGAAUUAAGAAAUAACAUAGAUAUAGAGUAAAUGUUAUAAAUGAAUUAAUAUAAACAGAAAAGAAAUAUGUUUCUGAUCUUAAUGUUAUCAAAGAGCAUAUUUAAGCACCUCUUUUAAAAUUAUUAGAUAAUUAAGAUCAUGUGAAAUUUAUGUUUAAUUUGGAUAGUAUAUAUUAUUUUAAUUUUGAAUUUUUGAAAAUUCUUUAAAACAAAGAAAAAGAUUUUAAAGAGAAACCAUAUGCAAAAAUUAUGGAUGAAAUUACUGUAUUAUUGCCAGGUUUCAAAUUUUAUUAUGAUUAUUGUAAAGAAUUUGAUGCAUCUAAAAAAAUGAGAGAUAACUAUUUUAGUACAAAUUAAAUCUAUAAAAAGUUUUUCAUAGAUCUCUAACAAAAAAAAAUUAAUUAACUUAAAAAUUAAGAUGUAGAAAGCUAUUUGAUUAAACCUGUUUAAAGAUUACCUAAAUAUAUAUUAUUAUAUAAAGAUUUAUUAAAACAUACUAAUAAAGAUCAUCCAGAUUAUUAAAAUAUUGAAAAAUGUUUGAUGAUUUUUGAAGAAAUUAAUGAUAAAAAUAAUAAUGAAAUGAAAAUUUAUUUAGAAUAAUUAAAAUUAAUAGAAUUGUAAAAUUAAUUUAGUCAAUAUGUAAAAAUUGCUGAACCUAAUAGAGUAUAUUGUUUUGAAGAGUUUUGCACUAUUUAUACUGAUAAAAAAGAGAAUAAUAUUAUUUUGUAUGCAUUUAAUAAUCUAUUAUUAUUUGCUUAAAAAAAAUAAAAUGGAUAAUAAAUAUACUCUUUUCAUAUUAAUAUAAGUUAUCAGUCUUAUGUUAAAGAUAAAGAAAAUACAAAUUAUUUUGAACACUUUUUUGAAGUUGUUAAUAAGACUGAAUCUAUUAUUAUUAUUAAUCAAGAUAAGGAAUCAAAAAUAUAAUUAAUGAAUAAAAUUUAAGAUAUAAUAUAAUAAUUAAAACAAAAACAAAUGGAUAUGGAAAUUAUAAGAAAAACUAAAAGUUCUAUAAUUGAAGCUGGUGAUUAUUAAAAAGAAUAAAAAUAAUAAGAAUUUGAUUAUGAAAUAAAAGUGAUUAUUAUUGGAACAGAAAUUAGAAAUACAAAAUCAAAUCCUUAUACAGUUUAUGUUGUAUAAAUAUACAUUUCAGAAUAUCAAACUAAGAUUUUUGUAAGAUAUAGUUAAAUUGUUUCUUUAUAAUCAAUUGUAAAUAAAUUUGAUUCAACUUUAAAAGUACCAGUAUUUACAACAUUAAAUUGGUUUCAUUCAAUUGAUUCAAAAGUAAUAGAAGAAAGAAAAAUAUUAAUUGAAAAAUUCUUAUCAUCUGUGUUGAAUUCUACUAAAUGUUAAAAUUCUAUUGAAUAUUAAAAAUAGAUUUUAGAAUUAUUAAGUUUAAAUUAGGAUUUCUUUUAGAUUCCUAAAAAAAAGAAUAUGGCUUCUUAAGUUAAAAAAGGAGAGGAAGAUAUGAUGAAAAUGAUAUUAUAGAGUUAAUUUUCUAAUGGUAUUAAACCUAAUCUACUUUAAUCAAUGAUAAUGAAUAGACAAUCAACAAAUAUACUUUAAGCAGCAAAAGCAUAAGCUUAAAGAUCAAGUCUAAUGAAUAUGGAAUAAGAUAAAUCAGUAGUAAUUGGAUAGAAUGCUACAAAAUCACCAUAUUUUAUAGAUGUAAGUCUUAUGGAUGGUAGAACAAUUGCAGUUGGAUUUUAAAAGUAAACAUUAACAUUAUUUAUUAAAAAUGAAGUUGCAAAAGUUGUUGGAUUAAAAUAAUGGUUAGAUUUUAGAUUAUUUAUUGUUGAUUAAAAUAAAGAUUAAAGAGUUAUAGAUGAUGAUGAAACAAUGUCAUCAAUAUUAGAUGCUCAUACAAAUUAAAAUAAAGGUUUAAUGAAUGCAUUUAAAAAGUUAUUUACUUAUGAAUAAAAAUUCUAAUUUAUAUUUAGAAAAUAUUUUUAUUUAUCUUGGAAAUAAGAGGAAGCUGAUCUUAAAUAGGAUGAAUAAAGAUUAAGAUAUAUUGUAUAUGAUUUAAUUUGGGAAAUAAGAAAUGAAAAAUUUUAAUUUAAUUUCAAUGAAUAUUGUUUGAUAUCUGCAUUAUUCUACUAUUCUACAAAUACAAGUCAAGAUUAACUUUCAACACUUUUAACUAAAACAAUACCAAAGAUUAUUUUAAAAAGUAAAAAAGAAGAAGUUUGGCUUAAAGAAGUUGUUAAUAAUAUUAAUAAUUUAUAAUAAUAAUUAAAAUAAGUUUAAAAAGAGAAUUAAUCAUAAAUUAAUAAAAAUAAAAAAUUAAAUACUUCUAUAUCAGGAUUAGCAUAAUUAAUGAUUAUGAAUUUCUUUAAAAAUAAUUUGCUUUUUGGAAUGUCAUCAUUUUUUGUUGAAUGUGAUAAAGGGACUAUUCAAUUAAUUUAGAAACAUUUUAAUCUUAAAAUUAAGAGUAAUAUCUUUAUUGGAUUAAAUUAUAAUGGAUUUCAUAUUUUGAAACCAGAAAAUAAGGCAUUAAUUUUUACAUGUCAUUAUUAAAAGUUAUCCGAGAUGAAGGCUUGUACAACAGAAUUUUGUUGUACUAUUGACAAUGCUAAAUUAACCUUUAAAACAUAAUUUCCUUUUGAAGUAAAUUAUUUAAUUAAUUUUAAUAGAUAAAAUCAUUGAUAUAGGAGUAUUUAUAAUUAUAAGAAUUCACAAAAUAAUUAACUUAUGGUAUCAACUGA